GGUCGUGGCGUCUUAUUCCUUUUCCAUCAACACCGUUCUCUUCUUCCACUGACCAUUCUCUAACCCGCUGGGAAUCUCUGCAAGGCGCCUCUGACGAAGUAAUUUCUGACCAUAUCCACCGGACCAUUGUACAAUUCCAAGGACAUCAUGACGAGCUCCCCAUCUAUCCCGGAUAUCUCUGCCCUGUCACUCUCUCAGAAUUCCCAGCAACGUCUUCAUGAUUCUUAUGAUUACGAGGGCAACAGCGGCGGCAACAGGUCCAACUACUUCUCUACUUCGCCUCCCAUCCCGGCCCAGUCCCAGUACAACCCUCUCGGCAUGAGUCAGUCCCCGCUCAAGAAGCCCGCUCGUGCUGGGUUGCCUACCCAAUGGAUGGAUAAUGCUGGCGGCGCUGACGUCCGCUCCCUUUCGCCCAACAAUAAUUCGGAUUUGUCCUCCUCCGGCUCUCCCCCCCCUCAGUACAUGGGUUCUUCGGCUAUGACUCCAGGCACCCCUGGAGGAGGCUUGGAUGACGAUAUUAUACCAAAUGCUAUUGUCAUCAAGAACAUACCGUUUAAUGUCAAGCGCGAAACCCUCCUCGAUAUCAUUGCGUCGCUUGCUAUCCCUACGCCCUACGCCUUCAAUUAUCACCUUGACCAAUCGGGUCAAUUCCGCGGAUUGGCUUUCGCGAAUUUCCGCCAAGCGGCCGACGCUGAUGCCGUGGUUGCAGCCCUCAACGGGUUUGACGUUCAAGGGAGAAAGCUCCGCGUCGAAUACAAGAAGGUCCUCCAGGCAGGUGAGAAAGAGAGGAUCGAACGAGAGAAGGCAAUCCGGCGCAUGAAGUCGAUGCAGCUUGAAAAGGAGGCUGCGAUGGCCGGCGUCAACCAGCAGCCCCAACAAGGGUACGACGAGUUCGGUGCAAUUAUCGCUCCUACCUUUAGUCCCUCUCGCUCGUUCUCCGGUGGUUACCCGUCUUCGCAGUCUUACCCCUCCCCUCCGGUCGCCCCUCCUAUGCCCGUGCCCCAGCCUUACAACAACGCCAGUCCUCCCCCUAUGCAGCCCACCACUCCGGGCUCAUCUGCCAAGGGUAAUAGUUCUAACGAAUUGGACAUGAAUGAUCCCGCCACCCUGGAAAUUUAUUCGAGAAUCCUGCUCUUUAAGGAUGAUCCCAUGCGAGAUGAACUCGCAUUCUCGAGGCAGUUGUCUCCGAAGCAAAGGAGAAUCGUUCAUUUGGUGGCUCAGAGACUAGGCGUAUACCAUUACUCUGUUGGUGAAGGAGAGGAAAGAUUCGCCGUUGUCACUCGUAUUGAUCCUGCUACUCGCCAGCAGGCCGGCAGGCACACGCUUUCCCGUGCCCCGUCUGCCUAUCUCUCACCCACAAGCUCGUCGCAGACUCACGCGAGUCUCCUUCGUUCCAAGAAGUCAAUGCCUGAUAUGACCACCUUGCGGUCGCAGGCCCCUCGUCUGACGACUCGUUCUUCCAAUGGCAACAUCCGCGAAGGCUACGCCACGAUAGCCUCACCCUCGCGUCGUUCUCCUGGCGGGUUCGGCUCUCUCUUCGGAAACUCGAACGCAUUCGGUAACAGCGGCUCCAUUCCGCCCGUUCCCAGCUUACCCGCGAGUGUGGCGGGCGCGGUGAAUGGAAAUGAAGGCCCAGCCAGCGGGGUUGUACGCCAGCCUCGGGGACCCGCCGCCGUUGGUUUUGGCACUCGACGUGAAAGGACGCUAACGGAUACUCAACCUCGCGGCGGGCUUGAGGCUAGGUCUCAUGAACCUCUGGAAAUUUAAAGCAAACUACGCUCACGCGGAAGAUCGGCUCAGUAUUAGAUUUUGGAAGACCUGCUGGACGCAGAUCCGCCAGUAUAUGAAUGGGACGUUUGUCUUGCGGUUUGAUAAAUUGCUCGUGCCUCCCUUCACAUUCUUUUACCUCUUUAAUGAAGCUUAUUAACUCUCCAGUUGCCCCUCCAGUCCUGUCAUCCUCUUGCAUACUGCAAUAUCUGUUUAUUGUCGACGUGGUCAUUGCUCUAGUACGAAUCUCGCAUUACAACAAAAUUUUCUAUAUGCAUCUUUCCUUGUAUCUGGGUUAUCUAUAUUAUAUAGCUCGCUGUUGCCACGUCCUGGUGUUGGACCGGGUCUGCUGAAUGGAGACAAGGUUCUUG